CUGUUCUUUUAAAGUUGUUGAAGAUAAAAACCAGUCUGAAGGCAGGCAAAGGGUUUAAGUGAAGAGCAAGAAGAGGAAGAAGAAGAAGAAGCAAUGGAGAAAUCAUCAGAAAGCAAUUUCCCAAAACUGGAGAAACCUUCGGGCAAGAAACAAACAGCGACGGUUGUGGUCGGAGCGUUGGCGGUCGCAUGGUUGGCGAUAGAGAUCGUGUUUAAGCCAUUGUUCAAGAAAUUCAACUCCUCCAAGGACAAAUCCGAUUCCGACGAUGCCACUGCUCCUCCUCCCCCGUCCGACGCCUGAAGCUGAGGCGAACAGCCUCUCGGGGUGACACGUGGAGGUCUUACUCAAGUUUAUAAGCAAAUCUUCUUGUGUUUCUGUUCUUGUUUCUUGUGUAGUAUCUUUCCCUUUUAUUGCUUUGACGAUGCUUUUAAUUAAUCUCGCUUUUCCUUUUUAAUAAAAUCCCGAGAUGGAAUAAUAAAUCAAUGAGCUACGCAUGUAAUUGAUUUCAUUUUCCUAGUAAUUACCUUGGGCUCUCUCGA